GAAUAUUCUGAACUUUUGAGAGAGAGAGAGAGAGAGAGAGAAGGGGUGGGAGAGAAUGGAGGAAUUGCUCGGUGAUGCAGCUAUAAGAGGAGAUCUAGAAUCGCUACACAGCAUCAUUGCAAAGGAUAAUUACAUUCUGGAUAAAAUUUUGGUGGGAAGUUUCAAAUGGAAAAAUUCGCUUCACCAAGCUAUAUCAACCGGGCAAGUGGAAUAUGUUCAAAACCUUCUGGAAAUCAAACCACAGCUUGCUGAAGUUGUAGAUGUGGAACUAGGCGCGGCCCUUCACAUAGCGUCCACUAAUGGGGACUUAAAGAUUGUGGAAGCUUUAGUGGAGCUUAGCCCUGAGAUGUGCAUGGCUCGUGAUCGAGAUGGUAAUAACCCUCUUCAUAUUGCUGUGAUGAAAGGCAAGGUUAACGUAUUAAAAAAGUUGGUUCAAACUUGCCCCCACGCAGCUCAAGUUAUUGUAGAUCGAGGCGACACAAUUUUGCACUUGUGUGUGAACUAUAAUCAGCUUGAGAGUCUGCAACUAUUGCUAGAGAUGAUCGGAGAUCCCGAAUUUCCUCACUCUUGGGAUGUCAAUGGCAAUAUCAUAUUACACAUAGCUGUUUUCAGUAAACGUCCCGAUAUUGUCAGAUAUGUGCUUAACAGUACUGAAAUAAAUGUGAAUGCAUUUAAUGAAGUUGGGUGGACGACGAUGGAUAUUUAUUUCUUUGUGCAAAAUCGUCAUCGGGAAGAAGUGGAUCCUUGUAUCCAAAACUUGCUAGAUGCAGCUAGGGCUAAAAGACGCCUACAUAUGUUGGUGUUAACUCCAUCUUAAAGGGCGGAGAAAUUAAUGCAAGCAUUAAUGGUUGUAUCAUCGUUGUUUGCGACAAUGGCAUUUUAAAUGGGGGUGAACCCUCCAGGCGGCGUUUGGCAAGAGGAUUCAAAAGAACACUCAGCCGGAAAACUAUACUUGCUUAUAAAUAUGUUAAAUCAUAUUCGUGCUUCCUGUAAUUCAACACGGAAGGAUUCCUUCUGUCUUCAUUUUUAAUCUUAUUGCACCUAGUAUCUGUUGUGCCAGCGCCAAGAAGUCGUUGGGGGUGGGUUCUACAUGUAACGUCGGUCAUGACAAUCAUGACCACGAUGUUCGCUUAUACAUAUUCCGUCAUUGUUGUCUCACCGAAGCAUAUGAGCCGAAAUUAUAAUCAUUUUGGUUUCUGUGA